AGUGAGCGCGUUGCGGCAGUGAGUCCGCUUUUUCUGUUGUUGCUUACAGUGUUAAAAACGAAUUUUAGUCUACAAUAACAAAGUGUGUAGGGUAAAUAACGACAGUAUUCGCAGUGUAGAGGUUGUGUAUGUCUGGACGGAGAGGGAAAUCGGUGGUUAGUGCUGGUAAAGUGCAGUUAGAGUGAAGAGGCCCAGCCAGCGCGGAGCGGUUUACUGGAACAAAGUUUUGUUAUUGUCAUGUGACUUGAUGCGCAUGUGGAGCUAAAGUGUAGCUAAUAAAUUUGCUAAUUUUCUUUCAGUUUAUUUAUUUCAACUUCCAAUAACUAACUACUGUGUAAUCAUGCCGCAACCCAAACACAGAAAGAUUGCUGUGAUGGGCUACCGGUCAGUCGGAAAGUCCUCUCUUACAAUUCAGUUUGUGGAAGGACAGUUUGUUGACUCAUAUGACCCUACCAUUGAAAACACUUUUAAUAAAAUGGUGUCUGUAAACGGACAAGACUUUAAUCUACAACUGGUAGACACAGCUGGACAGGAUGAAUAUUCCAUUUUCCCUCAGUCUCACUCAAUGGACAUUCAUGGUUAUGUCUUGGUUUACUCAGUCACCUCAAUGAAAAGCUUUGAAGUUGUUCAGGUUCUACAUGACAAGCUGCUUGACAUGGUUGGGAAGAUACAGGUGCCGACUGUUCUGGUUGGAAACAAGAAAGAUCUUCACAUGGAAAGAGUGAUUAAGCCAGAGGAGGGCAAAAAGUUAGCCGACUCCUGGGGUGCUGCAUUUAUGGAAUCAUCUGCUAAGGAAAACCAGACCGCUGUAGAAGUUUUCAAGCGGAUUAUUUUGGAAAUGGAAAAAGCAGAUGGAAAUGCCCCAUCAGAGGAGAAGAAGUGUUGUGUGAUGUAAAUGCCAUCCAAGAAAAGAAAAAGAAAAAAAACCACACAGCAUACUGCCUGACCAGAGUUAGGAGUGACCUCUUCAACAGACAGCAUCACAUACAGUGUUGUGGUGGGACUGCAGUUCUAAACCUAUCCUCUCAUCACAGCAGAGUGGAAGAUUUUUAUAUAAAAUUGACAAAAGCACAAUAAGGGGAGAGCUGUUCCAAAGCCUUAAUUCCACUACUUGUCAUUUUACAAUCCAAAAACUUGAAGCUGCAUUCAAAGCACAAUGCUGAGCUAUCAAUUGUUAAAGCCACCAAUGUUUUAAUGCCCGGUUCUAUUUUUUUAGCCCUGUAAUCCAUGUAGGAAACUUUAAGCCAUGGAGAUUUGGCAAAUGAACUAUGAUCUGAUCAGCUCCUGUUGGCAAACCUGCCUUUGACACAGUUUGGGUGAAUGACUAAAUGAAUGAAGAAUUCUGUUGGUUUAGCAAUAAAUUACUGAUUUAAAGUGUCAAACAACAGGCCUGAUCUACUUAUUUGCGCUUGUUUUUUUUUCCCUAUUGUGAAUAGGUAUUAAUUUUGUCUCACUGUGCAAACUAGGUUUUUGCCCUGUUACAUAAAUUGGGGAAUAAAACAAGUAUGCACAAUUUUCUGUACUUUUAAGCCAGACUGCUUUGUUGUGCUGGGGUCAAAAUGUAUUCUCAUCUGAAAAAUCAGAGAUCUGUAUCAGUUCUUAGUUUCUGUGUGAUUUUUCUUUUUUAAUUUGUUUUUGUUUUUCUAUGCUUGCAAAAUCUGAGUUCUGGUUAAAGCUGCUGCACCUUUGUGUGUCGGAUUUAUGGGAAAUGAAUUUCAAAAUAAUGCAGAAAUGUUUUUUGAAGAACAGAACUUGCCUCAAAGCCAUAUAUAACUAUAGAAAUGGCGUUUGAAUUUAUUUGAAUAUAUAUACUUUUUUUGUUUUAGAAUAGUUUCAAAUCUGGGUUAGUAAAAAAAAAAAAAAAGCUGUAAAGUCAUUUGGUGUAGUCAUUUUGUAUAAUCUUAUCAUAGUGGAUCCUCAUUAAACCUCAUGAACGUUUAGAAGAAAAUUAUGUUUUCUAAACUGCUCCGGUAAGUUAUUGAAAUUAUGACUUGUCAGACACCUUUAAAUAAAUAUUAACUGCUUCAGUUUUGUCAGGACAGGAUAUUAUUUUUUUUAUUUUUUUGACUUUUGGUGAAAGGAAGCUUUCAAUAGUGGGAAAAUGAGCUAACAAUGAGUUAUUAACUAAAUGCUGUGGUUCUGGAUAGGGAAGUGAAAGCCAGUACAUUAUAUUAUUUAGUUUGAUCUGCUGGGUUUUGCAUCUCAUACCACUGUCACCUGAUGCCUUGAAGCUGUGGAAACAUGAAGACUGGCACUGGCAAAUACGUUUAAAAGCUUUUAAAUUUUAGUAAGCAACGAAUAUCACAAGAAGGAAAUAUAAUUCUAAUUUCUGUUUCAUGGUGGUAGUUUAAAAGCUGAAAAAAUAUACCUGCUGUUUUUAAAAUAUGCCUCAUACACUAUUCAUCAGUGGUUGCUCUUUAAAAGAUCGGCUUCACAUGUAUCUGAUGCCGUGGUCAUUGCCUUAGUUAAAGUGUAACUACGCUCUCCAUCGAUAAACAGUAUGGUGGACUGUAGGCAGCUUAAGCAAAGUGAGUGAGUACCCAAAGGACAUGGUAAAUUAGCUAACCUUAUAAUCUCAGCAAGGUUAGCAUGCUUUCUCACAAGAUUUUAAACCUUUGCCCCAACAUCUGUUUUUUUUUUAUGUAAGAAGAAACACCCACCACCUGUAUGGAGUGUAACAUAUUCAUUGUGAAGUCUCAGCAGCAGGGUAAAAUGGAUUUUCAUCUUUCAGAUACAUACAUAUUCUGUAGAUUUUAAUAGUAUUCAAAUAAUGUAUUUUAAUAGCCAUAAUAAACAGCAGUGUUUCAUCCAAAUUAUGUAGGAUGGUAAAAACUGUCAUACAAGGUUUCAAGUGGUAAAAAGUGUUGUCUCAGGUCUAUGGUAUCAGGGGCCUUCUCACAUUUGUGCUGUUAAAAAGAACAUAAUUUGGAGGAUGGUAUUUGUAGUUUAUAUCAGUUUAUUCUUUAUUGGUUUAAUUUGGUUUGACAAACAGAUUAUUUAGUUAAUGAAUAUAUUUUAUGUUUGACAGGUCUUUAUUUUAAGACCUAGCUAGAUUUCCCAAGUAGUAUACUUCAUUACCAUUGAAUUUAAAGGCUGAGGUUCAUAGUUCUUUAUUGCAAUUAUGGAGUAUAAUUGAUUGGCAGUUUAGAAUUUCAAACAGGACAGAGGCUAGUGAUGUGUUAAGUAUCUUUAUCCCAAACCGCCUGCAGUAUGUGCUCAUGUAUAAGCUUUCGCUGUCAUUUCGUUUUUACCUUUGCUGUUCAUCUUCGAGACUACUCGCUUACUCAUUCAGGGGUUACAGAAUCAAUGUUGACCAAUAGGACUGAAGGUGGGCAUUCUUUUUUGUGCUUAAGCAUAUAUUGGUAUGUUCACAUUUUAUUACACUGUUUUAUGUUGUAUCUACAGAACAUAUACUGCAAAAUAGGUUCAGAUGGUGUGUAUACCAAUGCUAAUAUCUUUCAUUCAUUACCUGUUUUACCACCACUUUACCCCAUUCAGGGUUGCGGUGGGUACAGUUCACUAGGCGAAAGGUAGGAAACACUCUGAACAGAUCACCAGUCCAUCACAGGGACAAUGCAAAUAUUAACUGUUUCAAUAAAACAUGGGGUAAAGAUCCACAAGUAGAACAAAUGAUUGUAUUUUUGAGAGUAGUAGGAGAGUAAAAAUUGACAGCCUUAAGACAUAAAACUACCUUUCCUUUCUUCCAAAAUAACCAGACUUGUAUCUUACAGCUGUUUUGGCUAAAUAAAUUAGACCCAUUAUAAUUCAUUUAAAAUGACAGGCCUGUUUUGGGGUUUUGGUUCUCUUUGUGUUUGUUUCACCUGAGGUUUGCAUUCAUGUGGAACCUGUCUGUGUUAUAGCCCUAGACAUCCAAACCUCUGCUGUGUGAGUCACAGUAUACAGUUAAUGUCAUUGUAAACACUUUUGUAUAUAAAAAUAAAAUCAUUUUACUCCUUCAAA